AUGUCUGCCAUGGUUUCUGCUCUUACUCAAGUUAUUGGAACCACCGAAGAUCAUCACCAAGGAACUGUGGUGCAAUCAAACCCUUCAUCCAUCUCUCACUCUAUAGUAAAAGAAGAACCGGACCGCCCUGAGCCGGUUCAGGAACAAGAGACUGUAAGGAGACGACACUACAGAGGAGUGAGACAAAGACCUUGGGGGAAGUGGGCAGCUGAAAUACGUGACCCAAAGAAAGCAGCCAGAGUUUGGCUUGGGACUUUUGAGACAGCUGAAGACGCUGCCAUUGCAUACGAUAACGCGGCUCUCAGGUUCAAAGGCACAAAAGCCAAGCUCAACUUUCCUGAACGAGUUCAAGGCAAGACUGACUUUGGCAUGCUUAUGGCUACUUCUGGUUCAACAAGAACAACAAGUAGUAGCAGUGCCUCUACUCAACAAAAUCAAAAUUUAACGGGGCCAGCCGGUAGCGGUGCUGUUGCUCAUCCGCCAGCUGCUCCGUUCAUGGCGCCACAGACGGAAACUUUCCCUGAUUUGUAUCAGUAUGCACAGCUUCUCUCCGGGAAUGAUAUUGAUUUCUCGUACCACUCUUCCAAUCUAUUUAAUCACCAAGAUCCAUUUGGUUCACAAAUUUCAUCACCAACAACGCAUUUUUCAUCCUCGAAUGCAUCGCAACCGCCGCAAAGACAACAACAAGAUGAUCAAGACGAAGAUGGAAAGGACUGGAAUUGGAAUAAUCCAAGCCAGUAG